AGGGAAGGAGAAGCCGCCAUGGUGCGCAUGUCAGUGCUGGCCGAUGCGUUGAAGACGCUCAACAACGCGGAGAAGGCGGGCAAGCGCCAGGUUCUCAUCAGGCCUUGCUCCAAGGUUAUCGUCAAGUACUUCCAGGUUAUGCAGAAACACGGAUACAUCGGGGAGUUUGAAAUUGUUGACGAUCACCGCGGUGGAAAGGUCGUUGUUGAGCUCAUUGGCAGAAUCAACAAGUGCGGUGUCAUCUCUCCUCGCUUCGAUUUAACCAUCGGCGCUAUCGAGCAAUGGACCAGUAAUCUUCUCCCCUCGCGUCAGUUCGGAUAUGUGGUGUUGACAACCUCUUUGGGCAUUAUGGACCAUGAGGAGGCUCGUAGGAAGAGCACUGGUGGUAAAAUUCUUGGGUUCUUCUAUUGAUCUUGAUAGUUUUCCGAAUAAAAGACUAAACAAAGGAAG